AUGGCUAUAGAGCUGUUGCAACCAACCGCAACUCCUAAUCUGCUCUUCGCUUCGUCAUCUGUCUGUCCUGCUGAGGCGAGUACUUUAGCUGAGCAGCUCCAAGCAAUCCAUUACCAUUUCUUCCCUCGUGCUGCGAUGAAAGUUGCCAGUGUUUUGCUCAGCCUCCUCCUUAGGAUGAGCAUUCUGGCGUCCUCUCAAGCAGUGGAACCCGGUUUUGCCUCGUCCAAUGAUACGUUCUGGCUCCAGGCUAUCAAGCACCAAGGAAAGUCGGCAUAUAACUCGGACGCUACAUACGAAGUUUUCCGCAAUGUCAAAGACUUCGGCGCCAAGGGAGAUGGCGUCACGGAUGAUACAAACGCUAUCAAUGCUGCUAUCUCUUCCGGUCAUCGUUGCACGAGCAACUCUUCCACGCAUGCUCCCAUUUCCCGAGUUUCAAGAACGUACCUGGUGUCGAAGGCGAUCAUAGCCUACUAUUACACUGUGCUCAUUGGUGAUGCCAAAAACCCGCCGACUCUGCUUGCAGCAGCAUCGUUCACCGAUAUAGCAGUCAUCGACGCCAACCCUUACUUGGCCGGAGGGCAACAGUGGUAUGUUAACCAAAACAACUUCUUUCGAUCGAUACGCAACUUUAUCAUCGACACCCGACUCAUUCCGCCAGAAAACAGCGGUACUGGGAUUCACUGGCAAGUUGCACAAGCUACCUCACUCGUGAAUAUCCACUUCUAUAUGUCGGAUGCCCCCAACUCGGCACAUCAAGGUAUUUUCAUGGAGAACGGCAGUGGGGGAUUCAUGGGCGAUCUUGUUUUCGAUGGAGGCAAGUUCGGAAUGUGGGUUGGAAAUCAGCAAUUUACUGUUCGCAAUGUCACCAUCAAUAACGCUCAGAUUGCCAUACAAGGUGUUUGGGCCUGGGGCUGGACCUUCCAAGGACUUAUCAUUCGAAAUUGUUCAAUUGGUUUUGACCUUCUAAGCGGUGUUGGUGCCGAGGCAAUCAUUGACGCUAAAGUUUAUGAUACGCCCAUAUUCGUGCGGACCCCCGCUCCCAGCAAUGGCAAACUUGUAGGCUCGCUCGUUCUGAACAAUGUUCAUCUCCACAACGUAGCCACCGCGGUGGGCGUUGUUGGCGGAGCAGUCGUUCUAGCUGGCGGAGCAGAAGUUGUCAUUGACUCUUGGGUGCAAGGCAACGUUUAUAAGGGCAACAAUCCCGUCGGAAAAUUCAACCAAAAUCUGGUGCAACCCGUCACAAAACCAGUGGCCGUUCUCAGUAGCACAGGCGAAAUAUUUGGGAGGAUGCAUCCGCAGUACGAGAAUUACCAUGUCAGCCAGUUUGUCAGUGUUCGCGAUCAUGGAGCUUCCGGAGAUGGGACGACCGACGAUACUGCAGCUUUGCAAGCCGUGUUGAACAAGUUUGCGGGGACCAACAUCAUCUUCUUUGACGCUGGAACGUAUAUUGUAAAGUCAACACUCACCAUUCCUGCUGGGUCUCGUAUCGUUGGCGAAGCGUGGUCGAUCAUCUCUGGCGCAGGCCCGGCAUUUCAAGACCAGGAGAACCCUCAAGUAGUCGUCAGGGUCGGUGCACCUGGUUCGCGCGGAGUUGUCGAGAUCACAGACAUCGUUUUUUCGACUGUCGGCCCAGCUCCUGGAGCUAUCGUUGUUGAAUGGAAUAUCCACGAAUCCGAGCUUGGCUCUGCUGGCGCAUGGGACACGCACAUUCGUCUUGGUGGAGCCGCGGGAACAAAUCUGGAGACUGAGCAGUGCAAAGCGGACACCGGACAAGACGUGCCGAAGUCCAUAGCGGCUUUCAUGGCCCUCCAUUUAACCCCAAGCUCAACGGCGUAUCUUGAGGGUCUCUGGGUGUGGACUGCCGACCAUGAGUUGGACCAAGAUGGCACUUCACUCCUGAACAUCUUCGCCGGUCGCGGUAUUUUGUCAGAAUCACAGGGACCAGUCUGGCUAGUUGGUACUGCUGCUGAGCAUUUCUUCCUCUAUCAAUACCAAUUCUUCAAAGCGCGAAACCACUACGUAGCGCUGAUGCAAACAGAGACACCUUACUUCCAGCCAUACUCUGACAACUUCCCCCAUCCAUUCACCUUGUCGAAGCAAUAUAAUGACCCGCCCAUUCCACCGAAUCUCCAGCAAGCGUGGGCUGCCCUCGUUCGCAGUUCGUCCGACAUAUUCAUCUUCGGUGCGGGUCUCUAUAGCUUCUUCUCCAACUACUCGAAGGCUUGCAUCGAUACCCGAGAUUGUCAAACGCACAUUUUGGACAUCGACAAAGCGUCUUCAUCUGUGGAGGUGUUCAGUUUGGCGACAGUAUCGAGUCGUUUCCAGAUAAGCAUGGAUGGGGUGGGCGUGGUAAACGAGAAAGACAACAAUGGAACAGGGUUUGCAUCGACCGUGACGAGAUGGUCCAACUAA